CGACACUCGACCGACGCUUUCCUCCAGAAUGUCCUUUUUCUGUUCUAUCUCCGGCGAACCUCCUCAGGACCCUGUCGUGUCCUCGAAGUCCGGCCAUGUGUAUGAGAGGAGGCUCAUCCUGAAGUACAUCACCGAGAAUGGGACGGACCCAAUUACUGGGGAUAAGUUGGAGGAGGGAGACCUUAUAACCGUGAAAGCGAACCCAAAAGCAGCGCCGCCGCGGCCGCCAAAUGCGAGCUCCAUCCCUGCGCUCCUCCAAACCCUCCAAAAUGAAUGGGACGCGGCUAUGCUCGAGACUUUUUCGCUCAAGCAGCAAUAUAACUCCCUCCGUCAGGAGCUCAGUUAUGCCCUCUACGCACAAGACGCGGCGCAACGCGUCGUGGCGCGUCUCAUCAAGGAGCGUGACGCAGCACGAGAGGCGCUGAGCAGCGUUGCUGCUACGAUGAAUGUGGGAGCUUCGGGAGCAGGUGGAGAUGUGGAGAUGGGAGAGGCAGCUCCGGAGACCGGGGGAUUGCCCGCGGAGACACUCAAGCAGAUCGACGAGACGCACGCUACCCUCUCUGCAGCGCGCAAGAAGCGCAAGGCUCCCGAGGGCUAUGCCACUGUUGACGAUGUCAAGGGCUACACCGCGAAGCACACGAUCCCCUCUCUCCACUCGCCCUCACCUUCGGGCAUCAACUCCUUGGCCGUUUCGACCGCUAACCCUUCCCAGUUCCUAACUGGCGGUAACGACAAGGUCGUGCAGCUGUAUGAUAGGGACACCGACAAGGUUCUUCAGACCCUCAAGGGCCACACAAAGAAGGUUACCCAUGUCGCGUUCCGCGAGCGCGAGGGUGAGUCUACCCUCGUCUUGUCCGGCAGCGCGGACAAGAUCGCGAAGGCUUGGACACACGACAAGGCGUCUGGAGAGUACAAGACUGCGGGUACCAUCAGAACGCACAAGGGCGAAAUCACCGGGCUUGCGGUGCACCCCACCUCCACUCUCCUGGCACUCAGCUCUGGUGAUCGUACAUGGUCUCUCCACGACCUCACCAACUUUACACAGGUGUACCGUUCGCCCGAAUUCGAGGAGCCGUUCACCUCUCUUGACGUCCACCCGGACGGCACGCUCGUUGCGGUCGGCACGCCAGGAGGCAGCAUCCAGGUGUUUGACAUCCGGUCGGGCUCCCUCGCCGCCUCGCUCACUCCUCAAGAUGCCCCGCCUUUCACCGUCAACACCCUCUCGUUCUCCGAGAACGGCUAUCACCUCGCCGCGCCCGACUCGCUGGCCUCGGUCGCUAUCUGGGAUCUCCGGAAACCGAAGAUCGCCAAGUCUAUCCCGCUGGGCGACGCGUUCAAAGUCAACAAGGUCCGGUACGACUACAGCGCGAACUUUUUCGCCGUCGGCGGGAACGAGGGCCUCCGUGUCAUCGCGCACAAGACGUGGGACGAGCUUGUGCGGUUCGAGGAGGGCGGCGAGGUCUCCGACAUUGUCUUCGGUGCCCAGGGCAAGGAGAUCUGGGGCGUCACCGGACGGGAGGUCAGGAUCUGGGGCCCAGCGUAAAAUAUCGCCUACUAUGGCCGCGUUUGUCGAUGCUCUUACCGUAUUGCUCCGUGUUUUGUUGUGUGUAUGUUUCCUCGCUAAACAAUUUGC